UUUGACGGCUUCGCUUCGGGCGGGAAUAUUGUUUGAGCUGCACAGGAAGUGAACUCAACCGGCCAAGCAGAUCAUCCACUGUUUUGUUAUCACACAUUUAUAUGCUUUUAGAACCUAUAGACUUAAUUCAAGAUGUUAAUUAAAGUUAAGACUCUCACUGGAAAGGAAAUUGAGAUUGACAUAGAGCCAACAGAUAAGGUGGAACGAAUUAAAGAAAGGGUGGAGGAAAAGGAAGGAAUCCCACCUCAACAACAAAGACUCAUUUACAGUGGAAAACAGAUGAACGAUGAAAAGACCGCGGCAGACUAUAAGAUCCAAGGUGGCUCGGUGCUCCAUCUCGUGUUGGCAUUGAGGGGAGGAGUGUACAGGCCUUGCUUACCCACAUCUAUGUCCUGAGUUACUGUCUUCACUAGCAAAAAAGCCUGUACAUUGCAAGUCAUUUUGCAACACAAAGAUCUGGAAAUGAUGCACUCCUGGUCCAAAACCAUACAAUGUCACCCAUAAACAUGGACAUACUAAUUCUUUAUACAUUUUUUGUAACCUACAUUCUUAAUUUGAAACAGUCAUGCAGGAAGGCAACAUGCAGAACAAAUCUAAGAAAACUGUGCUUUUGCUCGUGAAUAAAUGGUUGAGUUGGAAAAAGUCUCUUUCAAUUAACACAUUUAAAACCAACACAUUUAAGUCAAAACGGGAAGUUUAUUAGAAAACAACAAUCGAUCUACGCUAGUAACACAUUGCCCCUGGGUUCAAAAUAAUGUACACUAGUAUGUAGAUUGGACAAAAUUAUUUUUGAGCUAUGUCAGCAACUUCUGUGAAUAAUAAAAAUGGAACAUUCUCGA